UCGUUGGCUUUGUUGGUUGCUGAGAUCAGCCAAUCAUAAUCAAAUAAUGAUUAUUAAAAUCCAAGGUUGUUGAGCUUUUCUCCUAUGUUCAUUUCUUAAUUUUAUUUAAUUUCAAGCACAAGAAAUCCUGUAAACAAAGUUAUAAUCAUUAUUUUGAUUAUGCACAGACAAUGCGGAUGAUAUUUUGUCUUUGUUAAACAUUAGCUCACAAUAGGUAGCAGAAGUAGGAAGUUCAGUUCCAGAGGCGUUAUGACGAGACCACCAAAUGAGAAUUUACCAACCGUCAAAUUGGUAGUAGUUGGAGAUGGAGGUGUUGGUAAAAGUGCCAUCACCAUUCAAUUUUUCCAGAAGCUUUUUGUUACUGACUAUGAUCCUACUAUAGAAGACAGUUACCUGCAGCAUGUCGAAGUUGAUGGACAGUGGUGCAUGCUGGAUGUGCUCGAUACUGCAGGACAAGAGGAAUUCAGUGCAAUGAGAGAACAGUACAUGAGAAAAGGAGAUGGAUUUCUAUUGGUUUAUUCAGUGACUGACAAAAACAGCUAUGAAAAUAUCACACAUUUUCAUACCCAAAUUUUACGUGUCAAAGAUAGGGACACCUACCCCAUGUUACUAGUUGCCAAUAAGGUAGAUCUUGUACAUUUAAGAAAAGUGACUGAAGAACAAGGAAGGGAUUUAGCUCACAGGCUAGGAAUCCCCUACAUCGAGACCAGUGCUAAAGAUCCACCUCUUAAUAUAGACGCUACUUUUCACGAGGUAGUAAGAAUUAUACGAAAUCAACCCCAAAAUGAAAACGACAAACGAAAAAAGAAGAAACUCCAGAAGUUGGGCAAGUGCAUAUUAUUAUAAGUAUCUGUUGAUUUUUGAGAGCUUUUUAUCUUAUUUUUAGGAUAUAAAUAUAUAAGCUUUAAUGUUAUACAAAUGUUCAAUGUUGAAUGUAUUGUAACAGAACGUUUUUUUUAUUAACCGCAACUAAAGUGUCUUUUUUAGAGGUAUAGAACUUUAAAAUGGAAUAAAACAACGAUGCUUUUUUUUAAAUUGACUUGAAAUUGACUUAUUCGAAAGAUAGUCUUUUGGUCAGCCAAGUCAAUAAAAUUCAAAGUAAUAUUAAAAUAAAACUGUUAUUGAGACCAAUUUUCUGGUAACGCCUUCGCGGUUUUUAUAAUUUACAAACCAUACGAAUACUGAGGCAAAGAAGGCUAGAGGGAUCUUUAAAUUGCAUCUCACUUCCUUCCUGCCCAGCGUGGCAAAAAUUCCAACGAAAUUCCACGAAAUAAUAUUUUGGCAUUAUAUAUGUAUUGUAUUGCUCUGUAUUUUCUCUCUGUUAUGAGAUUGAUCAGCAUAUUCUUAUUUCGAUUAAUUAAUUAAUUAAUUUAAUUAUUACUUAUGGAAACAAAACAAAAAUUAAAUAAAACUUUCCAAUAAAAUUUUCAGGACUAAAUUAUAUUAAUGUAUUACCUUUAGUUUGUGGCUUCUAGUAUCUCUAGUUGCUUACUCAUCCAGGACAGAACAGGUCAAAUAAAUAUACUCAAUGUUAUAUAAAUUCUAUAAAUAUUAUUUAUUUAUCCAAUAUACCAUAAAUAUAAGAUUUAAAUGUAUGCUAAAACUCAAUUUUGUUGCAACUAUUUCUUAUCUUAUAAAUUAAUCUUUAAUUCUGCUAUCUCCUUUUUUAACAAAAUUUUUAUUUAAAUAAGUCGUUAGACUGUUCUUAAUAUUAUAUAUAUAAAAACAAAAUUUACUUUUCACCUUUUAAAUAGAUUACUUAUUUCUUCUUUGAAUUUAUGAAUGACUAAAUGAUGCUGUAGAACUGUUCAAUAAAAUAUUAAACAAAUAUGGUAUGUGAUAUAAAACAACUCUCUCCUUUUCACAAAUAAUCUGACUAACCUUUUUUUUCUUUACUUCUCUUGGAUUGUGUAGUCCUCGUUUCUCCCACACGUUCUCUUCGGAUGCUGCGACGAUCGUUCUCGUCCAAACUGCUUCACAAAUAAACAACAGCACUCGCUCGAAAUCUCUCCUCAGUUUUCUCUCUCUGCUCGAUAUCUUGUGCAAUUUGAUAUCAACCGGCUACUCGUUCCAGACAGAAACAGGAAUCUCUUCGGACACAAGGAGAUUUAACUUCUCAACUCGAGCAACGAUUUCGUUUCAACACGAUUCUACUUACAUGGCCGCUAACUUCACCACCUUACACAGACUUCUUACUUUUCAAAACUGGACUGCUUUCUCUAGAUCUUUAUUACACAGUGCCCCUUUUUUCCUCCUCAAAAUGAGAUUCAAACACUCUAUUCUCCCUCCAUCCGUCUCUCUCGCCAAUCACAAAAACAUCCUCUCUACACAUUACAUUUCAUUACUUUCAUUUCUUAAGAACAAAUUAUUUUUGUAUACAACUUUUCCGUUUCGUCAAAUUCCAGGAGAUACCAAAAUUACUUUUUUGUUUCUACAGGCUAUAAAAAAACGAUGUUCUAAAACUCAACAAUUGUGUUUACCGUCUUUCCUUCUAUGAAGCAUUUAUAAACGUCCUAUUGUUCACUUCAAAGCGACUACAUGUACUUUCCAAUCCGACCGUAUUAAUUGUAUAAGUCCGUUCAUAGAAUCAUUAAUACUGAACGAUUUUCACUUUCCACGAAACACUGCUUAUUGACUAAAUUUGACUUUAUUUGACAUAAAUUAAUUUUCUAAAUUUUCCCAUAAAAAUUAUAUAACAGUAUUUAAAUAUGAUUCCUGGCAUAUGACCGCCACAGCUGGCUCUGACGUAGUCUAAUCUGGAGGUCCAAUUUUCGAUGACUUUUUCCAACAUUUGUGGCCGUAUAUCGGCAAUAACGCGGCGAAUAUUUUGCUCCAAUUGGUCAAUCGUUUCAGGUAUAUCGGCGUAGACUAGCGAUGUUGAAUUAUACGAUCUUGGUGGCCAAUUCACAAGUACGAAUCGUGAAACUAUGCGGUUACCAAACGUUUCCUUCAAUAAAUCAUGUGGCACGAGCUGUGUGACAUAUGUCCAUAUAUAAACCACAUGUCCUGUACAUCGUGGUUGUUCAAUUGAGGAAUGAAAAAGUCAGUAAUCAUGGCUCUAAAGCGGUCACCAUUGACUGUAACGUUCUGGCCAGCAUCGUUUUUGAAGAAGUACGGACCAAUGAUUCCACCUGCCCAUAAAGCACACCAAACAGUCAGUUUUUCUGGUGUAAUCAUGUCUCAACAUACACUUGAGGAUUAUCUUCACUCCAAAUACGGCACUAGGAAGCAGUAGAAGAACUAACUGCGGGAAUAAAAGUAAAUGGCAAUCACUAGGUUUGUUCCAACUCGAUACAAAACCGUUCUUGAACGGUUACGAGUAUGCGCAGUAACGAAAAAUGUGUUACUGCGCAUAAUUAUUCGUUAUUGCGCAUGCGCGUAACGAUUCAAGAACAGUUUUGUAUGGAGUUGGAACAAACGUAAUAAUAUACGGUUUGCCGACACCAUUUUAUUAGCAGAAUGUCUUGAAGAUUUACAACAAAGGGUUGACAGAGUGGUAGAAAUCAGCGAAGAAAACGGACUGUCCCUAAACACAAAAAAGACAAAAUUUAUAGUAAUAAAAAAGCCCAAAAGCGCCAAGAAAGCAUAACAAUACAUGGACAACAAAUUAAAAAAAAAAGAAUGAGUGUGUACUUUGUACGCACGUAAGAAGUUAUACUUCUAUUAUAUAAUUUCAACGAAAUAAAUAUACUUUCGAACAGUUUAUUUAUAUUUUAUUUAAAGAUUAAACUAAUUCCUAGUACUUUCCAAAAAUGUUUAUUAAAACAAUACCAAAAAUUAAAAAAAAAAUAGAAAACACUCGGAUUCGAACCGGGGACCUCUUGAUCUCCAGUCGAACGCUCUACCACUGAGCUAUACUCCUUUUGUUUGUGCGGGUGCGGACUACAAGAUUUCUCGAUAUAGUGCCAAAUAGACCAAGUGAAGUAUAAAAAUACUUUAAAUAUUACUUAUUAUCUUAUUCCCGAGGUAGACAAAUCCAAAGAUACAAAAAUUAUAAUAAAUAUAUUUACUAAAACACUAAUAUAUUUUUUUCACACCUUUUUUGGACUAAUACAUACAUAGCUUUAAACAUUUAGCAAUGAACUCCAUACUGUCUGUGUGCGCAUGCGCGCAGAAUAAUAAAAAUUCACUCCCAAUCGCGCCUAAAGAAGAAUAACUUCAUAACUUCAAAAUAACAUAAUUUAUGGUAAUAAAUAACAUAAUUUAUGGUAAUAACGAAAGCCCAACAGCGUCAAGAAAGCAUAACAAUAUAUGGAGAACAAAUUAAAAAAGUGGAAAAAUAUGAAUAUCUGGGUACAAUAAUUAAUGAAACUAAUGAAUACACAGAAGAGAUUAAAGCAAGAAUAGGACGUACAAGAAAUGCUUUUAACAAACUGAAAAAAGUAUUCUGUAGCAGGGAUAUUACAAUUUCUUUAAAGAUAAGACUUCUGAGAUGCUACGUGUUCUCCGUAUUGUUUUAUGGCUUGGAAGUUUGGACAUUAAAGAAAAAUUUUUUGUGACAAAUUAGAAGCCUUCGUGUUAUGGGCCUACAGAAGGAUAUUAAGAAUAAGUUGGGUGGAUAGAGUCAGGAAUGUCGAGGUGUUGAGAAGAAUGGAAAAACAAAAAGAAGUUUUCAAAAAGAGAUGAUUUUCAAAAUAAAUUUGCACAAUUUGGAAGCGUUGUUCAGGCGUCAGUUUAUUCAUGCAGAAAUGUCAAACCAAACUAAACAUAAAUCACUUGACACCUGUCAAAAUGGUCGCCAGUUAAAACAGUGUUGCCAACUUAUAUUUCUAUACCUCUAAAAAAACAACCAUUACUUUUACCAAAAUCAUGAAAUGUAAAGGAAGUGAUACUUUUAGGGCCGGUUGUUCGAACGCUAAUCAACGAUGAUCAUUAUCAAAUAUUUAAUUACUGUCACAACUGUCGAAGGUCAACUUUGAUUGGGUUGCUGAAAACAUAAUUAUUGAUUAGAAUUAUGAAAUUAGUUAAUCAAUUAUGUUAAUAAUUGUUAUGUUCAUUGAUUCACUGAUCUCAUAAUUAUAAUCAAUUAUGUUUUCAGCAACCCAACCAAAGUUGACAUUGACAGUUGUGACAGUAAUUAAAUAUUUGAUAGUGAUCACUCUUGAUUAGCGUUCCAACAACCGGCCCUAUAUGUCACAAAUUUAUAGCACAAUGUUAUAUUUUAGUAUAUUUAUUUUGGUAAGAGAAUAUUUUUCUACAGUGAAGCUGAAGAAUUUCGAUUUAAAGCCAGUCAGUUGUUUUUUUGGUAAGUGGAGACUGUUUUCAAGAUUUAACAGGUUAUAGAUCAAGACCUCGAUUUUUGACCCUUCACUUCGUUAUCGAACGUAUUCGCUUCGUAUCUAUUUAGUGUACAGAUAGCGAAUGAUCGAUAACGAAGCGAAGGGUCAAAAAUUGAGGUCCAGGCAGUUUGUUUUGAAUUGGGUAAAUCGUAUAUUUUUUUUGGUUUAAUCAUUAGAACUAUUAUUAGCAAUGAUAAUUUUAUUAUGCGGAGACUUCAAAAGAUUAGAUUAGGUUAAAUAGUCCAUCUUUUGAAGUGUCCGGCAUAGUGAAAUUAACAUUUUGAAUAAUAUUUAGAAGCGAUUAAAUGGAUGAAAUUAAUGGUAAAAUGGAACUACUGCAAAAAUUAAAACUGGAUCAAGGAUAUCUGAGGGAUCUAAGGUCACGAAAGGAUUCAAGCAGAGUGGCUGUAUUUCGCCUACCCUGUUCAAAAUUUAUCUGGAACAAGCACUCGAGCUGUGGAAAAGAAAAUGUAAUGGUAUGGGAACCCCUCUCAAUGACACUAUACACGUUUUGUUUCGCUGAUGACCAAAUUCUGAUUGCUGCGGAUCAUGACGACUUGGGUUACAUGACGCGGAAGCUAAUAGAAGAAUAUAACAAAUGAUGUCUCAAAGUCAACAUUAAGAAAACUGAAGCCAUGUGUAUUGGAGGGACAAAGCAGUCCAUUACAUUAGACGGUGGGGUAGCAAUUAAACACUGAUGAAUACAAAUACCUGGACAACCCUCACGGGUGGUACACGACAAUCCUCACGUCAUGACCUAAGUUCCUAAUAUUAUAAUUGCAAUUUGUAUAAUUUAUUACGAUAGUAGCAAGUUCAAAGUAUUGAACUCAUUUGAAAGACUGCAAAGAAAGCACACGUCAUUCUUAAUGUAUAUAUAGUACCUCACCAUAUAUGGUCACUGUUUUUAACUAUAACAGAUAUAGAUAGGAAGGUCGAGUACCUGAGACAUCGUUGUUGUCGUUGCACUCUCUAGCGCGUAGUCAGGGGAUAUAGUUACCGAGAAAUGGGUUAUCCCCGAUAUAUCUCAAGGUCAACGUAAUGUAAUUGUACAUUUAAUUAUAUAAGAAUAAAGUUUCUGUAAAAAGUUUCAGUUUGUUUGUUCGGGGUAGUGUCUUCGUCUAGCAACCCCUAACUUCACAGGCGUCGCGUCGGAGAACGCUAUAAACCGAUAGUAGUAGUAGUAAAAGCGAUUAAAGCAAAAAUGGGAUCAUACGAUUUACCCAAAUGUUCUUUCGAAAUUUUUAUAAUCCUCCACUCAUGUGACGUCAUAUUUUAGCGUAGUUCAUUAUAUUAUUAGCUCUAAAAACAUCACUGGCAGAAAUAACAUUACAACGGAAGGUUUUACACUAAUCGGAGCAAAAGAAAAGAUAUUUAUAUAUGCAUUAUUUUUGAUUUUAAGAAUAUUAGCCAAAGUUGCUCAAUCUUUAUAUGUUUAAAAGCACAAUUUUGGUUUUUAAAUAUUGUUAGCUCAUGGGAGCCAUGCAGCAAUAUUAUGCUUAGAUCGGUUCCAUGACAUCUCGUGACGCGACGGUUCGUAACUCGACAAAUGGUAAUGAACAAUCCGUAACGGCGUCAGUUCGUAACGGCGACACUUCGUAAGGGUGACAGUUCGUAAAUAACUAUAAGAUGGAGAAAUACGGAAGAGAAUAACGCAGACAAACAGAGCUUAUUUGCCCUCUCCCAUAUAUUUCGGUCUAAAAGUGUCCACCGAAAUACAAAGAUGAGAAUCUAUAAAACUUUAAUUCGACCAAUAACAUGCUAUGGCAGUGAAGCCUGGGUCUUGAAAGAAAUAUCCAAAUACAAACUCGACACAUUCGAAAGGAAAGUACUUAGGAGAAUACUAGGACCUGUGAGGGAAAACGAAAUCUUCAGAAGUCGAUACAACAACGAGCUUUAUCAACUUUAUAAGGAAACAACCCUGUCAGACUUCAUUAGAAUACAAAGAUUGCAAUGGGACGGACAUGUGAUAGGAAUGGGAGAGGAUAGGCUACCAAAAAGAGCACUGAAUGCUAGAAUGCAGGGAAAGAGUGGAAAGCCAAGAAAGCGCUGUGAAGACACAGUAAACAGCGACGCACAAGCCCUUUUAGGAGUCCGUGUAUGGAGAAGAGCAACCACAGACAAACAAGGGUGGAGGCAAAAUAUAAAGGAGGCCAAGGCUCAAUUUGGACUGUAGCGCCGUAGAAAAAGAAGAAUUUCAAUUAUUGUAACUGUAAUAAAAUUUAAUUUCCACGUUAACAAAAAUAAACAAAACAAUCCAAUUUUGCCGUUACGAAAUGUACCGUUACGAAUAAGUAUAGUUACGAACUGUCGCCGUUACGAUUUAUGGGGUUACGAACUGUCGCGUUACGAGAUGCCUUGUCACGGUUUAGAUCGUAUGGUUACGAAAAAGAGAAAUAUUUCUUUCGAUCUUCUGGUUGAACUAGAGAGACAGUUGAAAUUUAUAUGCUGUUUUUGUUGUUUUCAAAAUGGUGUUAUAUAAUAUAUUUCACUUGAUGUGUUCAAAUUUUGAAAUCCCUGUAGAAGAUUAGCUUGUGUUUUCUACGUAUAGUAUAUACUUUUUGGAUAACUGCGUAUUGAGCCAAUUAACGUUUUUUUUUCAACGAGUUCAAUUCAAAAAAGACAACAAAAUCUUUUAGUCUAUGAGCCAGGGGCAGGUUGAGUAUGUACUUUUAUUUACCCUCGGUACCUUGACAGUUUUUGGUGCGUAGAUUCGAUUUUUCGAGGGUAACAGGCUGAAAACCUGUCAGAUUAUUUUAUUCAGGAGGUUCUGACCAAUAGAACGCUACAGAAAUAAAAAUUACAGCGAUUAUUGCAUUCAUAGGAGAUUCUGACCAAUAGAAAGCUGCAGAAAUAAAAAUUAAACUGAAAAUUCCACACCUGUAAUUUUGAACCAAUCAAAAUACGUUAUUUUGACAGAUCACCAUGGCAACGGAGGUAUUUUAUCGGAAAUUUUUUGCUCGUGGGGUACCCAACAGCGAAUUAUAGUGGAAAUUUUUUGACGUUUACAAUAACAGAACAUUUUUGACAGACUGGUUUUUAUUUGUUUACAUAAUUUAGUUUUGAUUCAUUUUCUAUCACUUGUAGUUACUCAAAACUUAUGUAAAAUUGAAGAAUAUACUAUUUUCUAUCUUGAAAUGGUAUUCCCAUGCAACUACAAUGAGUAGAAAUUACGAAUUUGAAAGCCCAAAUAAUUGCUGACAAAGCUAUGGCGCGCUAUUAAUCUGUUCAUGCAGCUUCGGAUUUUCAAAUGCAAAUUUGGUGUGGAAUUUUCUUACCGAAUACCACGCGAAGUCAAAUUAAUAUCCGGAAUUUUUUUUUGAUCAUGAAUAUUUUUAGAAAAUUUCCCUCGUCUGCGACUCGGGAAAUUUUCAAAAUAUUCAUGAUCUCAAAAAAAUUUCCGGAAAUAAUUUGACCUCUAGUGGUAUUAUUAGUGAUUAUUUUUUGAUGAUCUUAACUUCUAAUCGUAUAGUAAGAUAUUUGAUCACGUGUUUAAUUCUGUCAAAUCAGAUUAAAAUUAUACUGAGAAUUAUCUACUGUAGAAAAUUACCGAUAGAAUUGUUUUAAGUAGAUUGUUUCUGUUUAAUGGCAACCAGUUUACUAGUUUUGACAACUGUCACAUUUAAGAAAAUAUCCAUAAUAUACGUAUUAAAAAAUAAUCUUACGAAUAUCACACGACAGUAAGAAUAAAUAAGAAAAUAAUGCUUCUUUUUUACUCAAAUCUGGCCCUGCUCGAGCCCUGCGGGCUCUCGUGUCUAUUUCCAGACAACAAAUUUUCGAAAAAACUGUCGCAUCAUUUUCAAUUUACUCUCACUCUCUUGUGAUAUUAUACCUGAUAAUUUUUGAUAAUAUCCCGUCGUCAAGUAUAUUGCGCCAAAUGCCCUUCGUUGCUACGAAAAAAUACAUUCAGUGACAUUAAUGAUAAUUAAUGUUUUAAAAAUUUUAAAAGUGAUGACUUUCAACCGUCAAAUAUUUAUAACAACUGUGUGUUUAGUUGUACAAAUUUGUACUUACAUAAAUAAAUUACAAUAAAAUUUUGGUUUUGAACAAUUUUAUUCAUGAAAUAAUCGCAACAAAUUGCACUCGAUCCCUAAAAUUAUUAUCGAAUUUUUGCCCUCGUGACACUUUGACAUAAUUUAAGUUAAAACUGUCAAAGUGUCGCUCGGUAAAAAUUCGAUAAUUUUAGACCUCUUGUGCAAUUACUACUGAUAAUUUUUGAUAAUAUCCCGUCGUCAAGCAUUACUACAGAUGCCCUUCGUUACUACGCAAAAAUGAACAAUUCAGUGAUAUUAAUGACAAUUACAGUUUUACAACUUAGAUUAUUCGUUGAAUGUUUAAACAAUGUUUUUGCAAUUUUAACGAAUGUGCCAAGCACUCAAUUUUCCCAUUUUUUUCAGGAAUUUUAAGUGAAAAACGUUGACUGGCUCGAGAAGUAUCGUUUUUAAUAACAAAAAUGUGAUUAUAUAGGACUUUUGUGCAAGUUUCCUUUAACGUUCUAAUCCCAACGUAUACCUAUCUUGCUACAAAAACACGCUUACGUCAUUCAAAAUUUCUGACGUCAGAGCAUUGCCAAAACAUUAGAAUGUGACUUUUCAUCAUGGCCAUGUUUAUUGUGCAGUGAGAAGGUAGGCAUCAUUACUUGUCAGAGAUAUUUUUCUUCAGAUAUAAACAAUCUCGUGCUAUAGACCUUUUCAUUCACAGUCAUUUGUUUCGAGCUUCUGUCAUGUGUCACAUAAUAUUAAUAUAUUUACGACAUACGUUAUUGGUAUAUAUACUCCAUCUAAUUUACUUACCGUUGCACGUCAUCCGCGUCAUAGCCCGAGACGUCACAUGAUAUCAACACGAAAUAUUUAGGCGGUAGGUGUGUUCUUUUUUAGAAUCACUUUGCUGAGUACACUGGCGUUACAGCCACUAGGCAUAUUUUAUUAUAUACGCGUAGAAAUAAUAUUUAAAGAUUUCUAUUAAUGUUAACUUAAAGAAAUACACAAUAAUAUAUUUCAUUUAAUUUGUAUAAAUGGAUUAUAAAGCGUUUUUAUAAAACACAUUUGUUCGGAAUACAUUGUAACUAUAAUCGAACGAAGGUGAUUUUGGCAUAAAUUGGGUAACAUUUAUUUGACAGUUGCGGUGAUGACACUUCAUAUUUGUUUAUAUUCUUUACUAUAAGUAUUUGUUUCAUUAUAUUUACUGUUUUUAUUAUGUACUUUAAUGUAAGAUUAUAACUUAAUUCUUGCUUUCUAUUUCUAAAGUUUUUAUUUAUUUACAUUGAAUAUUAAUUUGUUUUGCUGUAUAAUCCACUUCCGCAAAAAUUGUGUGAUGUAUUUGAUUUAAAAUGAAUUCAAGAAGUUUUUGUAACUGGGCAACAAUGCCAACUUAGAUCUCUAACGUAAAUAAUGACGUGCAACGGUAAGUAAAUUAGACGGACUGUACAAUAAUACAAACCAAAGACGUAUGACAUAGAUAUAUUAAUAUUAUGUGACACAUGACAGAAGCUCGAAACAAAUGACAAUCGAUGAAAAGCCCUAUACCUACAAUAUUUUACUAAUUAGUAAUAAAUACUAUUCAGUGCAUGCAUUAAUUAGAAUAAAGAAUUAUAGAUAUUAUUUGUACAAUAAACAAAAACAACAGGUAACCAAGCUAUUAUAGGGAGCUAAAACUCCUAUUUAAUCGAUGUCUGCACAAGGCAGAAAUACCUCACGAUUGGAACGAGAGUAUUACAAUACUGUUAUUCAAAAAAGGAGACAAAAGAUACUUAAAAACUACUCUCACUACUCUCACAAAUGUACAAACUCUUUAUUAGAAUUAUAACCAAUAGACUAACAAACAAAAUGGACAGUUAUAAGUCAGUUGAACAAGAAGGUUUCAGAAAAGGGUUUAGUAAUACCAUAGAUCAACUCCUCACUAUGAAAAUAUUGAUAGAGAAGACAAACGAAUACAACCUAGAUUUAUGUUUAGCCUUUGUAGACUAUGAAAUAGCGUUCGAUAGUGUCGAGAUAUGGGCGAUAGAAAAAGCUCUAAAUAACAGCAGAAUAGACUCCAGGUACAGGCUACUCUUACAUGACAUCUAUAAAACAGCAACUAUGAUAGUCGAAUAGGAAAACAAAACAAACAAAACUAAUCCCAUAGCAAUCCGUAAGAGGCGUAAGACAAGGAGAUGUAAUAUCCCCAAAACUCUUCACCUUAGCUCUGGAAGACGUCUUUAAAGAACUGGAAUGGGAAGACAUGGGCAUCAACAUAAACGGAAAGAAACUCAAUCACCUCAGAUAUUGCGAUGAUGUUGUUCUUAUUACAACCAACCAAGAAGAACUAGCCACAAUGCUGACUCAACUAGCACAAGUAUUGGAGAAUACAGUCGAACCCGCUUAUUGGAAUAGCCUUUGUGCAAGGCAAAAAUAUUCUUAUAACCGGGAUAUUCUAAUAACCGAUCAUUGGUGGCUAGUCGAAAUAAGUGUUACCGAAUAUACGUAAUAAUAUUAUUUACAUACUAUGCCAAUGUGUAGUUUUACAUACUAUGCCAAUAUGUAGUUUUAUUACAUACUAUGCCAAUAUGUAUAUCAUAUAUGUACCUACAUAAUCAGUGUAUGUAAAUGGUUUUAGGUCUUUUUACGUCAAUAAUACAGUAGUGUAACUAGUACUUAUUUAUGUAUGUGUUAAAUACCAAAUUACAUUACAUGUAUGUGAAUGAAUACAUUAGGUAAUUAAUAUGAAAUGUAUGCAAUAUGUAGAUAUGUAAAUAUUUUCUUAUUAAAAUGCAUAUAUAACAAAAUUACUUUUUUUUUCUUGAGAAAUUAUUGGUAAUUAUAACUUUUUCGUUGUUAAUCCGUGUGGUCAUCCUUAAUCCAUUGGUUGAAUAGAAGUUUUAUUGGCGUCAAGAAAUGGAUUGUUACAUUCUUGUUCUUUUCUCUUCUUUUCGAAUUUAACAAAGCCAUAAUUCCAUCUUGCAAACAAGUAGGUACUCUCUGAGUGAAUUAUAAAUAAACUGCUUCUAACAAUUUUAUAACAGGCAACAGUGCCUUUGUGUAGACAAAUAAAAAUUAUUUUAUGACCCAUGCAUUUGUCGGCCUUGCUAAAGAUCGAAUUGGUAUUCGUAACAAAGUAAUAAAUAUUUAUUACCCUAAUAAUAUCUAAUCCAGCACUACAAACAAGCCGUUGACGACAAACCAUAAUACCAAACAUACAUAAUUUAAAUUUUUCGUAAAUUGUAAAAAAAAAUAUUCUUUGACCUGCAAAAUAUGCUAAUAAGCGGUAUUAUCUAGUUAGAUCCUAUUCCAAUAAACAGAUAAAUUUAUUAAGGAGUAAAUGGAAAUGUUUCGGGAACUUCAAUUUAUAUUCCAUAAACCGGGAUAUUCCUAUAACAGGGAUUCUAAUAAGCGGGUUCGACUGUAUAGGAUUAAAAAUGAACAUGAGCAAAACAAAAAUCUCUAUACAAUGAACAUAGCCAUGAUGAAAAUUCUAAUGUUUUGGCAAUGCUCUGACGUCAGAAAUAUUGAAUGACGUAAACCGUGUUUUUGUAGUAAAAAGGAUAUACUUCUGUCAUCUGCGACGAGAAAAGAAAUUUGUACGAUACAAUUUUGAUAUGUGAAUUAUUAUCUAGGCCUAAUUAUAUUUUUCAUAAUCGCAUAAUAUGCGAACGGUACUAGUUUUUAUUGAAUCAAAAUGGCGGCCAUAUAUUUCAACGAAUAUUAUGUUGUUGUUUAUUGUUUUUAUUUAUUUACAGACAUUAUUGUACAAUGUGUUAAUGGAUAUUUAAAAACGCACGUUUAUAUAUAUAAUUAUUGUUUUAACCCCGAUGAUUUGAAUAUAUACAAUAUUCGUCAAA